UGAGUAAAUUUUUAGAUGUGAGAUGAAUAAGAAUUUAGGAAAUGUAGGGAAUGGUAUUAGAGUAAUUUGGCUCCCAAGAAAAAUUAUUAUUGUAGCAAGAGAGUGUUGCAUCGGAAGUGUACUUCACCAUCGCACAAUAUAAUAAUAGAAGAAGAAGAAGAAAGAAGCAGGAGUGAGAUAAGAUGGAGAAGACUGUUGUCCCAACCAUUGACGUAUCAGAUUUCCCAGGAGAAUAUGAAAGACUCAGAAAAGCAUGCGAGGAGUGGGGAUGUUUCAGAGCGGUGAACCAUAACAUCCCAUCGGCUCUCAUGUCUGAGAUGAAGAAGGUAGUCAGAUCUCUGCUUGACCUUCCCAUGGAAGUCAAGGUUCGCAACUCUGAUGUAAUAGCAGGCAGUGGGUACAUGGCACCCAGCCCCGUGAAUCCUCUUUACGAGGCUUUGGGUCUUUAUGACAUCGGCUCCUCCCAAGCUGUGCAUACCUUCUGCUCUCAGGUGGAUGCAUCUCCUCAUCAAAGGGAGGUAAUAUCCAAUUAUGCUAAAGCAAUUCAUGAACUGUCCAUGGAUUUGGCUUGGAAGUUGGCUCAAAGUAUGGGGUUGCUGAGCAAUGAUUUGUUCGAGGGAUGGCCUUCCCAGUUUAGGAUUAACAAGUACAAUUUCACUUCUGAGACAGUGGGCUCCUCUGGAGUCCAGAUACACACUGAUUCUGGGUUCCUUACUAUACUUCAAGAUGAUGAAGAUGUUGGUGGUCUUGAAGUCAUGGAUAGAUCUGGUGCAUUUGUCGCUGUUGAUCCUCUGCCGGGAACCCUCCUAGUCAAUCUUGGGGAUGUCGCUACGGCAUGGAGCAAUGGAAGACUCUGCAAUGUGAAGCAUAGAGUCCAAUGCAAGCAAGCAGCAGUACGAAUUUCAAUUGCUUCUUUCCUUCUGGGACCGAAAGACUCGGCAGUGGAAGCCCCGCCAGAACUCGUUGACUCCCAACACCCGCGUCUCUAUAUCCCUUUCACUUUCCAAGAUUAUAGAAAGCUCCGACUCAGAACUAAAUUCCAAGCCGGCGAAGCCCUUGAGCUUAUGCUAGCCAGUUCCUCACAUUCAAUUAACGAUAUAUGAAUCUUGCAGCUUGGAGAUGUUCUCCGUGGGCCCGGUGGUAAUGUUCAGGGAAACAGACAAGUCUUUCGAAUUAGAACUUGGAAAUUGUGCUGCCAUUCCAUUUUGAUCUCUCAUCAAGCUAGUUUAAGAUGCCUUACUUAUCCUGCAAAUGCAUCCUUUUACAUGA